CUCUCUCUCUCUCACUCGCUCCAUAUCUCCAUGGCAAGAGGAAUGGGACUGACCGCCCUUAUUGUUGUUGUUGUUGUCCUCCUUCAUCAAACUUGCAAUACUAGUGCUGAUCAGGAUCACUGUCCUCUUUCUUCCUGCGGCUCUAUCCUUAACAUAAGCUAUCCGUUUCGAUUAACGAGCGAUUCCAAAAACUGCAGCGAUCAAAGGUAUAAUCUUUCAUGUGAGAACAACCAAACACUAGUGUUACGUUUAUAUCAUGCAAAAUACUACGUACGACAAAUCAAUUACACCGACUACUCAAUCCGAAUUGUAGACCCAGGUAUUGGACUCAACGCUAAUGAGCACUACUCCAUCCCUCGUUAUUCUCUAGACGAUAAUAAUUUCAGUUCAGGGGAUCCAUAUCAAUCAUCUAGUAUGGCAGUGUAUUUCGUGAAAUGUGAAAAGCGAGUGAAUUCUCGGUAUCAUCUAAACAUUUCUGCUUGUAUUGAGGAUGGAGUGUAUUCUAAUUCAAAGAGGUAUACAUAUGCUCUCUUCGAGGAUUAUCGUUCUGCACUGGUGUUGGGGGACUUGUGCCAAGUAGAGCAAAUAUCUUUCAUAUCCUGGCCAGAUCGUUAUUAUUAUGAUUAUGAUGACUUGAGAAAUAUUUCCUGUACAGACUUCCACAAUAAAUUGCUACGGGGUUUUGAGCUUUCCUGGUACCAAGUUUAUUGUGGAAGGUGCAGAGUUGGGGAAUAUUGCUACCCCGAUGAGGCGAACAAUGUUAGAUGCUUUUCAAAUGGCCAAGAAGGAAUCCUUUACAAGAUAUACCUAUUUAUUGUACCAAUACUAGUUCGAGUGUAUAACUUCGUAUUAGAUCAUCUACCAGUACCACUACGACAACGACUGGAAGAGCUAUUCAGUCAACUACUAAAUGACCUAUUAAGUCAACUAGGAGCACGAAUACAAUCAGUAUAUGAGCGAUUUGGCAACAAAGAGCUUACAAUUGAAUUACUGACGUACAUGACAAUUGACUGUGGACUGUUCCAAGCAGCAAAAAUGAUAUUGGGGACUCCAUUUGUAAUUGCAUUCCUGAUAUAUAAAUGGAAUAGGAGACAUUUAUCCAUGUAUGAUGUUGUCGAAGAAUUUCUACAAAGUCACAAUAACCUCAUGCCAAUAAGGUACUCUUAUUCCGAAAUCAAGAAAAUUACCAAAAGUUUCAAGGAGAAAUUGGGUGAAGGAGGUUAUGGCACUGUAUUUAAAGGAACACUUCGAAGUGGUCGUCUUGUGGCUAUAAAGAUGUUAGGUAAGUCCAAAGCUAACGGGCAAGAUUUUAUAAGCGAAGUUGCAACUAUUGGAAGGAUUCACCAUGUUAAUGUAGUACAACUCAUUGGUUUUUGCGCUGAAGGAUCGAAACAAGCUCUUGUAUAUGAGUUCAUGCCAAAUGGUUCUCUAAAUAAAUACAUAUUUAUGCCAGAAGUAUGCACGCUCCUAAGCUAUGACCAAAUGUAUGAUAUAGCUCUAGGAGUGGCUCGUGGGAUUAAAUAUUUACAUCAAGGAUGUGACAUGCAAAUUUUACAUUUUGAUAUCAAGCCUCACAACAUUCUUCUUGAUGAAAAUUUUACUCCCAAGGUUUCAGACUUUGGACUAGCAAAAUUAUAUCCAACAAAUGACAGCAUUGUUUCUUUGACUGCUGCAAGAGGAACAUUGGGAUACAUGGCUCCUGAGUUGUUCUACAAAAAUAUUGGAGGCGUCUCAUACAAAGCUGAUGUUUAUAGUUUUGGAAUGUUAUUGAUGGAAAUAGCCGGUAGAAGAAAGAACGUAAAUGAAGUUGCAGAACACUCAAGCCAAAUGUACUUCCCUACUUGGGUUUAUGACCAAUUGCAAAAUAGAAACGACAUAGAAAUAUUGGAAGACGCCACAGAUGAGGAAAAGAAAAUAGGGAAGAAGAUGAUCAUUGUUGCAUUGUGGUGUAUACAGAUGAAGCCUAAUGAUCGUCCUUCAAUGAACAAAGUUGUUCAAAUGCUUGAAGGAGAAGUUGAAUGCUUACAAAUGCCUUCCAAGCCUUUCCUUUUAGCACUAGACGAAACCAUAAUAGGUGGUGCAGAGAAUUCGAAUCAAUCAAAUGAAUCAAGUCAAUCAUCCCAAUUUUAAAUGCAAAUUAAUUUAUAUAUGAGUAUUUUGAUUUAUUAUAUCCUUGUUCAAGGAGAAAAUUAGUUUUCUCAUACAUAUUUGAUAGCGCAAAGAUGCUUAACAUUUCUGUGUAACAAAUAAGAAUUUGUUUGAUUUAAGUUGA